AUGGCUGAUCUGAACCAUCAGCUGACUGCGACUACCGAGGAGAUACAAGCACUAGUCCUUCUUCACUCUCAGUUCCUAUGGCACGGGUCCCAGCAACAACGUCAGCAAGUGCGAGAUGAGCAUCAGCUGCUCCAGCGAGUGUCUUCGAGCGGUACAAGCACACCCCGAUCGCAAGGCGAUAGUCCUGCCACACCACCAAAUGGCGUUAAUGAGCAAAUCCAAAAUAAGCUCCGUUCCACGGUCGGCGCACUUUCGCUGUGGAAGGCGUGCUGGGACAAGGACCUUGCUAUUCAGUUCACACAGAACCAGCGUCGACGUGGAUUCUGCCGAGACGGCAUCCACUUUUACUUCCUAGCUCAAGCGUUCUUGCGGCAGUCUCGACCAGACGACUGGGCCGCUCCUGCCGAUGUUCGGUGCCGGCAUGUGUUCAAUCUCCUGAAACAGAUUAGACAUUACGUUGCAUCAGACUCCGCCCAGAAAGGCAUCGAGAUCGGCUCUAUGGUUGCCAUCGCUGACGACUACGCCAUCGCCGACUUGACGCUUAACAUGAAACGUCUUUUCACGCCUCUCGACGAAAUCUGA